CGCCCGUGGAUAACCCUCUCACUCUCUCCUUCUUCGGCUCUUUUGCUGCUUUGGUUGGGCAACAAUGGCUCCCUCGGUGAUGGCGCCAAAUUCUCUCUCCUUCUCAUCUUCUCUCUUCUUCUCCCCAACGAACCAAAUCCCUAAAACUCACAUUUCCGUCGCUAAAUUCGGCUACGUCAGAGUGUCGAAACCGCUCACCGUCGUAUCCCAGCUCGCGACCCUCCCGAUCCUCUCCUUCGAGGGUGAAAAGAUCGGGGAGACGUACCUCAACCUCAAAACAGCGCCGGAGGAGACCGCGCGUGCUGUCGUGCACCGCGCCAUUGUUACGGACCUGCAGAACAAGCGGCGAGGGACGGCUUCGACUUUGACGCGCGGUGAAGUUCGCGGUGGUGGGAUAAAACCCUAUGCGCAGAAGAAAACGGGUCGUGCGAGGCGUGGAUCCCAGAGGACUCCGUUGCGACCUGGCGGAGGUGUGGUGUUUGGACCGAAGCCGAGGGACUGGUCUAUCAAAAUCAACAGGAAGGAGAAGCAACUCGCGAUCUCGACGGCGAUAUCGAGCGCGGCGGCGACGGAGGGCGCGAUAGUGGUGGAGGAGUUCGGGGAGAGGUUCGAGAAGCCGAAGACGAAGGACUUCAUCGCGGCGAUGAAGAGGUGGGGGUUGGAUCCGAAGCAGAAGGCGAUGUUCCUGAUGACAGAUGUAGUAGAGAACGUGGAGAAAUCGGGUCGCAACAUCGGGACGCUGCGGAUGCUGACGCCGAGGACGCUGAAUCUGUUCGACGUUUUGAAUUCGGACAAGUUGGUGCUGACUCCGGCGGCUGUGGAGUACCUGAACGCGCGGUACGGUGUGGAUUCGGUGGAGAACGACGACGAUGAAGAGGUUGAAGAAGACGAAGCUGAAGGUGCCGAGGAAGAGGAGAGUAGUGGGGAUGCAGAAUGAGAAACCACUUCCACCCUUUUGCUGUGUAUUGAUUCGUGGGGUUGUAUCCAAUUCUUUUUCGGUAAUACGAUGAAUGUGCAUUGUUUGUUUCCGUGUAA